GACAACCUAACUGUCUUGAUAAAGGAAUUCAGUUUAAUUAGACUAACCAUUGGCCACUACACUGGCUAUGAUAAAAGGAUGAGAUUCAAAGUAAUGAAUAAUGAAUGUUUUGCAGAGGAGAUUAAACUAGCUGAUGGAGAGGAACAAGAGCUGAGGACUUUACUUGAUUACAAAGAAGGAUCAAUAUUUGAACAAGAUAAACAACUGAAUAUCAUCAAAAAAAGAAAAGAGUAUAUUGAAAGGAGACUAGAGACACCAGAGUCUAAACUGAAAGUGAAGCUAGUGACUAGAGGGAAGUUGAUAAAUAAAAUAUUCAAAUCAAAGAAAUCAGAGACUCAGUAUUUCCGAACCUCUCUCCUAAUGAAAGCAGGAAGAGAGGAGGCAUUAGUGGAGUAUAAGAAAGAGAUUGAGUUACUACAAGAAGAUAUAUCAAUAACUAGUGAACAACUGCUGAUGAUUCAAAAGGGAAAUGUUGAGAAGAAGGAUCAGUGUACACAAUCACUGGAUACACCAACAGCAGAAUCUAUUUACACAUCACGUAUUGACUAUCAGGCACGACAUAGUGAUGAAAUAUCAUUUACUGAGGGAGAGCAGCUGGAGAUAUAUGACAAAAGAGGUGGUGGCCAUCAGUGGUAUGGAAGAUCCUUGGUGUUUGGUGAUGAGGGAUACAUUCCUAGUAGUUGUGUUUACUCAAUGUUGGAGUCACUUCAAUUGUUAGAGUUUAUACUGUCAGUGGAAGAAUCUAAACUGAAAGUGAAGCUAGUGACUAGAGGGAAGUUGAUAAAUAAAAUAUUCAAAUCAAAGAAAUCAGAGACUCAGUAUUUCCGAACCUCUCUCCUAAUGAAAGCAGGUACUGAGUCUACUGGUAUAAUCUGUCUAUACUACCUCAUGACAGGAAGAGAGGAGGCAUUAGUGGAGUAUAAGAAAGAGAUUGAGCUACUACAAGAAAAUAUAUCAAUAACUAGUGAACAACUGCUGAUGAGUGAAAAGGGAAAUAUUGAGAGUAUGUGA